CUUUUCUAGCCUUAUUUAAUGCAAAAAACGAACGAAAAAUACUGAGCCAAACGCAACUCACGCGCAGCAGCUAUUUGUAAAACGGAGACUGAAAACAAGAGCGAGCGCACUCACACACACGCACAAGCUGGCGUCGUUGCAAGAGAGAGAGAGAGAGCAGAGAAAGACGACGAGGGCUUAACACUCGCUAGGCCAGGGCUACCGGUGAACGUGAGUGGUUCAUUACAAUGUUGGUUUGAACAGUGAUCAAACUACUUAUUGCCAGCCUAAAAAUGUUCACAUACAUUUUGUGCCUGGCAGUGCUGUGUGACUCGUCUCUCUUGCGGCGCAGCUGUUCUCGACACUGUGUGUGUGUGAGUUUCAGUGGUGGCGUCGUGCUAGUGCUCUCAAAGAGGGUAACAUUACUUGGAAUAAUCUGGACCCCGUUGCCAACCGGUAAGAGCGAACGCCGUCCCUGUUUUUGUUCGGUUUGUUUUGUCAUUUUCUGCGUUUUUAGUUGCCGGCCCAUUGUUGCAUCUGAGAAUUUGUGAAAAUCUAACGGACCUUACCAUAAGUCUUGCAUUGUUAGAUUGUAAUUCAACAUUGGGCAUUACGUUGCAGGAGAAGGAAAUAAGUUGUAAGUUGUCUAGCGGCAAUAGCAAUACCAACUAAAGGUUUUGCUGUCCUCCCGCAGAGGUAGCGCGACAACCAGCUGGUGUGCGCAGGGGACAAAAGUGUCGCAAACAAUAUCGUCUCUUAACGUACUAAAAUGAACACACGGGCUAGCUGCCGGACCCCGACUCCAAGUGAUGUAGUGGGACUCGAAAUCGGUAAGAGCAGCCUAAGCAAAACUCCAACUCCUGAAAUAAAGGAAAAAAAUAUUAAAAUAUGCCGCCUGGUUGCCAAACAACCUUGCCUUUUUGAUCGUUCUAAUGAGGGGUACAAUAGAAAGUCGUUCAUAAAGAGAGUCUGGAGGGAUAUAUCUCAUAAGAUGCAUGAUUCUAUCAAUAGCUGCAAGGAGCGUUGGCGUAAUAUUCGUACAAGCUACGCCCGAUCCAUAAAAGAUGGAUAUAAUCAAACGCGUACGUACUAUUUAAGCGCUGAGCUUGCGUUCCUCCGGCCCCACAUCACACCAGGAGUUCCCAGACGUCCGCAGGGCCGACGCUCACGCGCUAAUAUUACUGGCCGUAACGUCGACACCAACGAGCAAAUAUUUGGCAUGGAGCAUGCGCAAGAGAAGUUGGAGCCCGACCACGAGCCCAACGACGAGACACGCGACGAGGAUACGGAAAAUUAUGGAAGCAAUGCCAAGGAGUAUAAAUACGAGAACGGAGCGGUAGCCGUGCCAUGGCCAUCCAUCAAUUCCGACGAUGCCUUCCUGCACGGUAUCCGUCCCGAGAUGGAACAGAUGAACUUUCGUCAGAAGCUUUGCUUCAAGCGCCGCGUGUACGCCUUGCUCGGAGAAAUAUUUGAUAGUACAGAAGCCGCACAAAUCUCCGACCACCAGAUGGCUGCCCGUUCCAAUGACAACGAAGCCAUAUCGACUUCAUCAGCAUCACUCGUGCAGGCUUCUCGUUCGACAAAGAAAUCAAAGCCUAAAAAAGGAUAAUAUUAGCAAAAGCUAUAAUUUACUACAAAUAACACUGAAAAAGUUCAAAUAAAUACAUUUGUAUUUAGAUGGGGCUAUUGCAUGGUGGAGUGGUAGGGGAGUAGAUUGGAAUCUGAAUCGAAGAUGAAUUUUGAUUUAAGUAGGAUAGAUAGGAUUUUAAGUAGGAUGUACCUGUUUAUUUUUAG